AUGCUCAAACAGAACCAAACAAAAAUGAACGAAUUUAUCCUCCUGGGCAUUUCAGAUGAUGCAGAGCAGCAGAUACCAUUGUUUUUUCUAUUUGCCCUGAUUUAUAUUUUUACCCUGCUGGGGAACUUUGUAAUAAUAACAGUGAUCUAUUUAAGUCCCCAGUUGCACAACCCCAUGUACUUCUUCCUCUGCAACUUGUCUUUUAUUGAUCUCUCAUCUGCCUCUAUUACACAACCAAAGCUUCUCUCAAUGCUCUUGCUAAGGGAAAACACCAUCUCAUAUGGUGGUUGUAUUGCCCAGCUGUACAGCUUUAUGCUCUUUACAGGUACUGAGUUUUUUUCAUUAACAGCCAUGGCAUAUGAUCGCUAUGUUGCAAUAUGCAAGCCCUUGAGAUAUCACAUUCUAAUGAAUAAUACAAUCUGUGUGCGAAUAACUUCCACUUGCUGGGUUCUUGGAAUGGUGGAUCCGUUACCGCACACGGUGCUUAUAUCACAACUGUCUUUCUGUGGGUCGCACGUGAUUAAUCAUUUCUUUUGUGACAUGUCUGUGGUGUUAAAGCUGUCUUGUGUAGAUACAUCUUUCAUUGAAUCUAUGACUUAUCUUUUUGGUUUACUAGUAGAAUUUCCCGUCUUCCUACUACUGGUAAUUUCCUAUUGUUGCAUACUCUGCGCUAUCCUCAAGAUCCAUUCUGCUAAAGACAGGAGCAAAGCUUUCUCUACAUGUUCAUCCCACCUCAUUGUUGUUAUCCUUUUCUAUGGAACAGUUUGGAUCAUGUAUCUGAGACCUUUAUCUCAGUAUUCAGCCGAUCAUUCAAAACCAUUUUCUCUACUUUACACUGCUAUCAUUCCAUUGGUUAACCCAUUUAUCUACACUCUAAGGAACAGAGAUGUGAGAAAUUCAAUUUUUAGAACAAGUAUUGUUCAAAUAGAUUAA